AUGACUACCGACCAGAAGAAACCUGGCCUUGACAGCAGCGCCUCCAAUGGGGAGAAACUUAAGCAUGGCCAGAUGGACAUCCUCGACCAUCGGUCGGGGCAAGAUGAAGAUGUUGCAGUACAGUUUCUCGCCCAGCUCGAUCCCGCCAUCAUGGCGGCACCCAUCUCCGACGCAGAGGCGCGACGCGUGCUGUGGAAGAUUGAUUUGAUAUUGAUCCCAUUGAUCAUGGUCACUUGUGUGCUCGCCGCAGUCGACAAGGUCAUCAUCUCCAAUGCCGCUAUCUACGGUAUGGAGACUGAUACCCAUCUCACUGGCAACCAAUAUUCCUGGGUGGGCUCGAUAUUCUACUUUGGCUACCUGCUCUUCGAGUACCCUGCUGCGCUACUCAUCCAGCGGCUCCCCGUAGCCAAACUCUACGUGGGAAUGGUCUUCGCUUGGGCAGUCAUAAUGUUGUGCACGGCCGCUACGCAGAACUUUGCAGGUCUGGCGACAGUGCGCUUCCUCAUGGGCAUGCUCGAGGCAUCGGUGUUUCCCAUCUCCAGCAUCCUAACGGUCAUGUGGUGGAAGACGAGCGAACAGCCUCUCCGGGUAGCCUUCUGGUUCAACCAGCUGUCGUCCGUCUUCUCUGGAGUCGUCAGCUACGGCAUCGGACACACCCACACAGCACUACACCCCUGGCGACUACUCUUCCUUGUCCUCGGCGCAUUUUCCAUCCUCUGGUCAGGCGUCCUAUACAUCUUCCUCCCAGACUCCCCAGUCCAAUGCUGGUACUUCUCCGACCGCGAAAAGUUCGUCUGCCUCGAGCGCGUCAAAGACAACAACACGGGUAUGGAAGACAAAACCAUCAAAUGGUAUCAAGUGCGUGAAUGUCUUCUUGACCCGAAGACAUGGCUCCUAGCUCUGUUCUCGCUCGCCCAGAACAUCCCCAACGGCGGCCUCGUCACCUUCUCCGCCCUCAUCGUCACCGGACUCGGCUAUUCCUCCCUGAUCACCACCGUCCUAGGCAUCCCCACCGGUGUCCUCGCCACCGUAUGGCAGAUCCUGCUCUCGUUCCUCGCCUCCCGUGUCCCCAAUUCCCGCUGUAUCAUCAUCGCCAUCUCAAACCUAGUUCCUAUGGCCUGUGCCAUCCUCAUGUGGAAAUUGCCCCGCUCCGACAAGCACGGCCUCCUCGCCUCCUACUACGUCUUCUACACCUACUGGGCACCCUACGUGCUAUCCACUUCGCUCCCAAUGGCCAAUACCAGCGGUCACUCGAAGAAACUGACUCUAAAUGCUAUCUUCUUUAUCGCAUACUGCGUGGGGAAUAUCAUCGGUCCGCAGGUCUUUCGCUCCACGGAUGCCCCGAGUUACUCGCACGGAUAUGAAGGCCUGCUGGCUUGUCUGGUUGUUGCGAUCGUCGCAAUCUCAGCCUACGGAGUCCUCUGUAGAUGGGAGAACCAGCGACGGGAUCGUGAACAGCAGCAGCAGUCUGUUACUGUCUCAGAGGAUGCGGCAUUUUCGGAUCUAACGGAUAAAGAGAAGAGAUCAUUCCGGUAUACAUAUUAG